AUGGAUUCACAGGGAAUAGGCAUUGUUCUAAUGCCAUACUUCAUUUAUAUUGUAACUUCUAAUAGUACAGAGUGCUUUAACAAUAAAGCUGGAAUCUUUGAGUGCUGUCAAGAUUAUAGAAAUGUUUCUGGAAUAUGUGAAGCUUGCAUCGGUUCAUGGGGAACCGAAUGUCGUAACAACUGUUCAUUUGGCUAUUAUGGAUUAGGGUGUCGUUACCGAUGCUAUUGUAGUUAUCAGCAGACAUGCGACCCAAAACAAGGAUGUAUCGAGUCAUUCAAGGAACCCUCAAGCAGAACUCCAAACCCUGAUCUGGAUGACGUUACAAACUUAGAGGCCUACUUGCUAGUUGCCAGUGGUCUUCUGAUAUUACUUUUGCUGUGUACUAUUUUUAUUUGUAAUCGUAAAAUGACAAAGCAAAGUAAACCGAUUCAAUCAUAUGCAGAUGGACAAGAAGACAUCUAUGAUGAUAUCAGGGGCUCCCGAAUGGUUGAUAAUAAUAGUGAUCCAUUGACAAGAGUCUGUAAUUUGCCUCCAAGCAUGAAUGGAGACAAAACUUCAAUAGAGAAAAACAGAUUGACAAAAGAACGAUCUAACCAGACUAAACUACCACUAAGACGUUCUAGAACGCUGGGUCCAGGGGGAUAUGGACAUUGGUGCAGGGGAUCUGAUAAUUACAACCACAUUGAUUUCAAAAGCGUGAAACCAUUGUACGCGUAUUCAAAUACUAUGACAAACCAUUAUGACGUUUUCAAGUCACCAAAUACACCCUCUGAAACUCAAUCAAACGAUAAAGAAUGCGAUGGAAACAAACAGAUUGAAGAGGACAUAUUUGGAAAUAAUCAAAGAGGCAUAGUUCACCCAAUCAGAAAGAAUCGAUCUAUGGUGAAUCGUCCGUACAGUUCAGUGAAAUACAACAGAAAAAUCAGAAUGAAUGAAGAACAUUAAAAUUAUGACAAACAUUUAGAGUUUAUUUGAUUCUAAUGACUAUAACCAUGUUUAAUAUACCUUAAUGGUAUCUUAUAGUUUAAUAAUUAUGAUACUUAUGAUAUAAUACAUAAAAAUACAUACUAAUUAGUAACAUUUAGUAAAUAUGCAUAUGCAAUAUUAAAGAAGAAGUGUUUGUUCUCCUUCAAGGGAAGAUACAAAAUCAAAAUUGAUGUUUUCUUUCCGAACGUAUUAUGAGCAGUAACAGUUUCACCAUAUUGUUUCUUCCUCAUUAAAAUAUUGUCACGAAAUAUUGUAGUUGUA